AUGCAUGUGAGCAGCAGCCAAAUAGUGGGGAAAGUCAACCCCAAGUUUCAUGCAGCUUACCCAACUGACAUAACAGAGCAGCAUCUGACUUUUGGAAGCUGUUUGAGCACUGUACUGGAGAAGCAGGGCUUGUGCCCAGACCGAGACUUCAGGGUGGAGCAUGGAGGUUUCUCGGGCCGGCCCGUGUAUAACCUGAAAUGUGUACCGGACACCAGGUUGCUGGUUAUGAGCGGCCCCCCAGGUGAUGCCCGGCAUGUGUGGGAAAUGGCGGAGGACAGUGACGUCAUCCGAGCCGUGGGCGCCAGCGGCAGCGGGGCAGGCGCCGAGGGCCCGUGGCCCAGGAUUGCAGCCACGGUCGGCCGGGCCCCCGGGGUGGUCCACGGGGCCAGACUCGGCGACGUGCGGAUCACCGAGAUGGAGUCGCGGGCAGUCGUCUUCAGGGCAGGGCUGAGCGGCGACGACGAAGUGAGCAGUCUCCAGGUCCUGGACGCGGACACCUUCCUCCUCUGCUGUGCGUCGGGGAAGCUCGGCCUGCUGGACAUCCGCCAGGCCCCGGGGACCCCGGUGACCCUGGGACCCACCCCCGGGCCCACCGGGGAGCCAUGGUGCGCCGGAGCCCGAGACCGGGCCGGGGCGGACCCCACCGUCGCCAGCCUCUCCUCGGGAGGGCAGCUGCGGCUCACUGACCUGCGGAACCCGCGGCCCACGUGGCGGGCCCGCUGCCCGGCGACCACCGAGCCCAGCGCGGACGGGGAGCUGCUGUGGGUGACCUGGGUUCCGGCCCUGGACAGCUGCCUGGCCGUUUCAGGGCUCGAUGGCACCGUGAGAGUCUACGACACCACAACCGCCCCAGGAGACGGAGCGGAGCCGCUCUUUGUCCACAAGGGUCACCUCUUCAUGGCCCCCGACGGCCCCGGGGAGACCCCUCCGCUGGUCACCGCCCACACCUGGCACCCCUGGCGCCCGAGAACGCUACUGUCGGCCACCACCGACGGCUCCCUGCACGUGUGGGACUGGACGGACCCUCGGCUGGAGCCCCCAGAGCCCGCGAGUCCCAUCCCCGUCCCCUGCCUCGGUCCCGGGACCUGGAAUCCAGCCGAAGGGCGGGGUCCCCGCUCCUGCUCCGAGUCCCCGCUUUUUGGGAGCGGGUGGGUCGGGCCCCAGGGGCAGCCUGCGCCUUGGCAGCGAUGGCAACUGAGGACCCUUGAGGAGCCCGUCAUGGAGGUUGCUUGCCUUGGGCAGCAACCGCGGCAGAGUCUCCCAGCACCGCCAGUCCUGAGUUUAGAGCCAACUGCCACCGCCGGAGUGAGGAUGCAUUUGGCUUUUGAGAGCCCCCAACGGAAAGGCCAAAGGCAUGGACAGCACCACAAAAUCCAAUGUGUUUCAGUCUGCUUGAAAGUGACAAAUUGCCUCAGCUGUGGCUUGGAGAUCUUGGUCAAUUUCCCAUUGGUGGGAAAAAUUCAGAAAUAUCCCUUUAAAGCCGCGGUUCCUUUCAGGGAAAAUCUGCUCUAA